AUGCGAGAAGCGCAGGAAGCACAGAAAGCGACAGUACAGGUAUUACUGGAAUGGAACGAGUCAGGCGUAUGGGCACAAGAUGUGGAUGGGAAUAUGGCAUUGCAUUACCUAGCAGGUACACUGAAUGUGGACGAGGAGAAGGUUUCGUUUGUUCGAGGUAUAGAAGGAGGUGAGUUUGUCUGGCAGAAGGUAAGGUUGGAGAUGAUGGGAGGGUUGAAUGAGAAGGAUGGAGAGAGGCACUGUCUUAGCUACGUCGAUGAACAGUCUCGCUGUCGACGAGCCCCGUGCGGUUUGAAAUCUAAGAGACGAUUAUGCAUCAAGACAGUCAUCAUCGGGCUGCGUGUUAAUUUUCGAGAGCUGCCUUUGCAAUGGCCUGUGCGGCCUUCCUCUAUUUUUAUCAGAGACGGCGAAUCCCCACCUGCCAAAUCAUAUCGUUCGAACAACCGGAUCAGAUCCUCUACUUUACGGUUAAGUUCCUAUGCAUUCGGUUGUAAUGCGCUCCAGGCGCGCUUGCGUGGAUCCCCUCCCAAGCCUGGGAUCCAGACAGGGACGGUGAUAGGCGUCGACAUCCUCCACCUUCCCUGUUUCAAUUUUCACGAAUAUUUUUGCGCUGCUGAUGCUGCGGCCAUUGGCUCUUCUGGACCUCGGAGCGUUGUGCCUAACCCUUUGACAAUGACAUCGUUAUGCACUGCAGCCAAACGGCCCCCCAAGCUCCGGGCAGCCUGCAAUGAGUGUCAUGCUGCUAAAGUUCGCUGCUCUGGGGAGAAAUCUGGAUGUCAGCGUUGUUCCAGCCUGGGCUUGAUCUGUAUCUUUUCUAUCUCAAGGAUAGGCAAAGUCCCAGGGAAACGAAGCAAGGCAAAUCGGGCUGCUGCAGCCGCUGCGGCACUUGCUGCCUCCUCUUCCUCAUCAACGCUCACUUCGAAUUCCUCCACCUCUCUAACUUUGCCCUUGAACCGGGUACCGUCAAGUGAAGCUUUGCGUGCAUCUCAGCCCGCUCAACGUCCGCAGGAAGACGAGUUAGCUGCCUCUCGACCACCCCACCUUGCAAUUGCUCCUGCCUCUGCCCAGGAUCCCUCUUCAAUUAUUACUCCGGCUCAGGACUACUCGAGCAGUAUACAGUACUAUACCGGGGAUUGUCCCAAUGAAGCGUCAAAUCCGUCGUUACCCCUGCCGGAUGUUCUCCCCACUCCGUCCCAUGCCCCCUACGCCUGUCCAGCCAAUGUUGACUUCGGGCUUCCGGAUCUCAGCCACCUCUCCUGGACCACCGAGCUUGACCAGCUCAGCUCCUGCGGACUUCCCACACCGGGUCUCGAGAUACCAGCCAUAGCCAAGGGACCCUUACCCUCCGACCGCCGACUGGGUCAAAUCUAUGAAUGGGAGAUGGACGAUGGCAGCAGCAGUAGCGUUGACCCUAGCCGAACCAGCACCGCAUCUCUAUGCCACCCCGUUACACCCCCUGAUUUCAAUGUGCUCGAGGAGUCAGCCGCAUAUCCUGUCCACCAUGUAGAGUCGGUCAGCUGUUCUACUUACCUGUAUCUCCUGCACGAUAUCGAGCAGACCACGACGAUCGGCCAUACGCUGGACUCCGUCCUCGCGGCUAACCAGAGAUAUCUGAGCACGCUGCUACAAAUGACGGAGAUACCGGGAUUCGAACACGCCUACGAUGCCCACCUACUCUUCACAGUGGCUCUGAGCAAGGUCAUCUCCCUGUUCAGCGCGGGGUAUAGGGAUUUCCUGGCACGGAUGGAAGGGCACGCGUUGAUGGGCGGUGUGGACCGGUUGAUUCGGUUUGGGGUGUUCGAGAUCGACUUUGUCGAGCAGAAAGCCAUCUGCCGCAGUAUUUUGCUACGCGAGUUGAAGCGAGCUCGGCUGUGUCUGGUGCGGCUGGUGGACGUAUUGAGUCGACAGAACGAAACCUGUGGUGCAGGACGCCACGAGGGUCUCUGCGAGGAGAUGGGUCAACGGUUAGAUCUAUUGGCUGGUUCAUUGGAGGGUAGUGAGCUAUAA